UUGCUUUUCUCGCAAUAAUUUUCAUCUAGUUGUGGAAGACAGAGCAAUUUUGCGCGACAGAAAUAGCAAAACAGUCUGAUCUCUCUGAGAAGCAAACUGAUUUUUUGAGUUAUGGAUCAGGGUGCCACUGAAGACUUCCAAGCUCAAGCUCAUUUAUAUAAACAUAUAUUCAACUACAUAGGGUCAAUGUCACUCAAGUGUGCAGUUCAGCUUGGAAUACCAGAUAUAAUCCACAACCAUGGCGAGCCCAUCACUCUUUCUGAAUUGGUCUCGGCUCUUCAUAUUGAUUCAACCAAAGCUAGUUGCAUAUACCGGCUCAUGCGGAUGCUGGUGCACUCGGGCUUCUUUGCUACAACAAAAGUCGAUAAAGAUCAAGAAAAUGAAGCAUAUGUUCUCACACCUUUUUCAAAGAUACUUGUUAAAGACAAGAUCAAUUGCUUAUCACCCUUUGUUAUGGCAAUGCUUAGUCCUGUUUUGAUGACUCCAUGGCAAUUUUUAGGGGACUGGAUACAAGGAACCAGGGAGAGGCCAUUUGAGAGUGCAAAUGGGAAAGCCUUUUGGGACUAUAUGGACCAAGACCCAGAAUUCAAAACCCUUUUCCAUGAUGCAAUGGAAAGUGAUUCUCAGAUGAUGAAUUUGGUUGUUAAAGACUGCAAACCAGUUUUUGAGGGCCUGAGUUCAUUGGUUGAUGUAGGGGGUGGUACGGGCACAAUAGCUAGGGUUAUAUCAGAAGCAUAUCCCCAAUUGAAAUGCACAGUGUUUGACCUCCCUCACGUUGUGGCUAACUUGCCAAAUAGUGGGAACUUGAAUUUCGUGGGAGGUGAUUUGUUUCUGCAUAUCCCUGCUGCAGAUGCCAUUCUAAUGAAGCUUGUUUUACAUGCUUUUGGCGACGAGGAUUGCAUAAAGAUACUGAAGAGAUGCAGAGAAGCCAUCCCAACGGAAGGUGCAAAGGGAAAGGUGAUUAUCAUAGAUAUUGUGAUAAAUGAGAAGAAAGAUGAACAUGAAGUUACUGAAGCAAAGCUGUCUUUCGACAUGUUGAUGAUGGUUGUGGCUACUGGAAGAGAGAGAACUGAACAAGAUUGGGAAAAAAUAUUCUUGGCAGCUGGUUUCAGUGACUACAAAAUAACUCCCUUGUUUGGUUUGAGGUCCCUUAUUGAGGUCUAUCCUUAGUAGGAAAAAAAACCAGAUAAGAUGUUUAUCAUUUUAUUAUGCUUUACUAUAAUUGCAGAAAUAAAUCUUGUUUUAGAGCUUGAUAAAAUAUGAUUCUUGAACAAAUCUUGUUUUUGCCUCUCAUUUUAGAAGCAUUCUGGGCCUCUGUCCUUUCUGGAUCUCUCCCAUUUGAGGCUAUAUUGGAAA